GGGCAGAGCUUCAGUCUGAGCUGGUCAGAGCUGAAUACGCUACAGUUGCUGGCCCAAUACUGAGAAAUAACUGCGUUAAAUCAGCUAGGAAACGCUUAAAACCGUCACCUGCUUACUUCAGUUCACUAAUAAGAGCUGUAAAGAGCUGAUUUGACUUUAAUAGAGGUGAAGAAGAAAGAUUAGACACAGACAGAGGAGGGCGUGACAGGGAGACAGCGGAGCAGGCAAGCUGCUACUGCAAGGGGAGGAAGAGCAGGCUAUGCAUCAGCCAAAGCCAGAGGCCAAGAAGAAAAGCCAGAGAGUAGUGAAAAGGUAGACUCGGAGAGAGAGGGGGGUCAUUUGUGAUCCGAGCCAGAAAAACAGAAGCCAGCCUCUUUGUUGUUGUGUGGGCCAGGCAGGGAGGAGGAUGUGAAGGAGAGCAGCAAAGAGGAAGGGGGGCAACUGCAAGGAAAACAAGAAAAUGCUGUCAGAGAUGAUGUGCAGGAGAAGCUGCCAACAGCAGCAGCAGCAGCAGCAGCAGGAUGGGAAAGGGGCUCCGCAGAGGGACCUUUCCAGCCGCAGGAAGCACGGCUGGUCCAAGAGCUGCAGGGGGCGCCUGCAGGGGCGAAGGACAGGAGGGGGAGGGUGGCCGAGAGAGCGCAAUCAUCCCCACCAGCACCUUCAACGUCAUCAUCCUCAUCACAAUCAUCCCAGACAACUCCAGAGGCCGGUGCUGUCCCUCCGGCCCGUUAACGUCAAAGGAAACAGAGCGAGGGGGAUGCGAGCCCCCAAGAACACCAACCAGUUUCUGAUGCAUGAGAAGUACCAGAUGCUGCAUAUGCGCUCAGACUCGGUGGGGAGCGACAGCGGCAGCAGCUCUGACAGCGACGUGGAGCUCACAGACAUGGACUCAUACCUGGGCGUCCUGGAGAAUGCCAGAGGAGCCCUCUUGGACAGUCCCAACCCACACGGUUCAACGACACCACCAGGACAGUUCCUGGUAUUGCACGGGGACAGUCUGCGUCUGCACGAGGACAGUCUGCGUCUGCAAGAGGACAGCAUGCAGUAUUUUCCCUCUGAGGAUGACCUAAUGCAGAGUCAGAAUUUCAUGCAGAAGGACUUUGUUGAGUUCUGUGACAUUCUGACAUCCUGAAGGGAAACGUUCAGUGAGCCAUUUUGUUCUGAGCAUUGUGAAUCUCAAACCUCUGAACGGGGUCAGGUUUGUUCUGCUUCAUGUUCACAGAACAUUUCAAGAAAUCUGCAAAUAUCAGUCAGUUAGCCUUAAAAUGUAAAGAAUCAGCUUGCAGGGUGAGAUGAUUCCACCAGUUUCCAGCAGAAGUCAACAUUUUCAAAAUAUUUUUUAAAGCAAGUGUCAUUUUUUUAAUACUCAUGCAGCGAUUUACCUUUGUCUUUUUUCAAGAUACUGGCACUGAACACAACAAGGACAACUGCACUGAGAAAAACUUAAAUCAUUCACCUUGUGGGUAUUUUCCUAGGUUUAACAAAAAACAAUGCAAGGUUAAAUGACAGUUGUUGUUUUUACUGUUUAUGUUUGGUCAUGUACAGUGUUUCUGCUGUUGCACACAAAGGGAGAUGGGCUGGAUGGUGGGAGUGAGCCCAAACAGCCAAUCAGCAUCGAGCUGGCUGGAUUAGGCUGCAGGUGAUUGGCUGAUGCAGACUGUCAUUAACAUAAAAAAACAUUUAUUGUACAAAAUGAAAAAAGAGAGAAAACACAAAUAAAAAACUGUUUGAUGUAA